UCACUUGUUGGUUAGUCGUCAGAUAGUUAUAAUGGAAACAAUCUGGUUCUACUUGCUGCUCGUGUUUUUCCUAGGCAAAAGCAAAGGACUAUCAGAUGUUGCAGAAGAAACUUACGCUCAAGCAUUGGACUUUCAGAAUCCGUACACCCAAUGCCCUAUAGAUCCCAGUGCUCAUGGUAUUUAUACCAUUCAGGUAGGAAACCUCGAACCCUUUGAAGUUUCCUGCGAUGCAAAGAUCGCUGGACCCGGCUGGACUGUGAUCGCCCGUCGUACAAGCGAGGAGCUGCUCUUCUACCGUAACUGGGAUUCGUUCAAGAGGGGAUUCGGGGACAUCACAGGCGACUUUUUCAUAGGAUUGGAUAAGCUGCACGCCAUAACGAAAGCCCAGAACCAAGAGCUAUACAUAUACCUAGAGGAUUUUGAGGGAAACUCCCGAUUCGCCCAAUACGAUGAGUUCUACAUCGAGAGUGAAAAUCAAGCAUAUCGAAUGGCCAAGCUGGGACGCUUCAUAGGAGACGCUGGUGAUUCGCUGAUCAGUCAUAAGAACCAAAAAUUUACCACAUACGACAGGGACAAUGACGUUAAAGCGAAUCUUAACUGCGCUGUGGAAUACAUGGGUGCCUGGUGGCACAAAGAUUGUCACCAGAGCAACCUUUUCGGGAUGUACCUGAAAGGCAGCGUGGACAUAUAUGCAAAGGGAAUGUGCUGGAAAGGUUGGCGCGGGUAUUACUACUCAUAUAAAGUAAUGCAAAUGAUGGUCCGUCCAAAGUGAUUUAAAUAAAGAUGUUACUCUCUGUA